AUGGGUUGGUUUGGUGGAAAUAGCAAUGCGCCUCCAGCAAAGGUGUCUAUGGUGAGUGAAUACAAAUCAGAACCAAAACAACAGCAACAACAACAACAGCAAUAUCUUGAAGACUUGCCUCCAAAAUUUGAAGACACCGAAGCACCAUCAUCGAACAUACCUUCUCAAAGGGCCCCUGCACAACCAACGUUAGUCGACGCUGCAAAAUCUAUUCAUCUCUCGGACUUCACUAUAGAUAGAUUCAUCACCAUGCCAUGUUUCAGAGAAGCAAUGAUUACUGGGUUUCAAGCUAUGGGUGUAUUGGGAGUAAUUACGUUUUUGAUUCGAAAGGACUUGAACAAGUCGUUGAAUUGGUCGGUGGGUGGGUUCUUUUUGGGAAACAUGGUUGGUUGGGAACAGUGUCGGUCUCUAAGACGUAGGUCGAUGCAUAUGAUGGAGAAGGCUAAACAGGAGAGGGAAGAAAAGAAUAGAAAGAAGUGGCAAGAAUUGCAAAAGAGUCAAGGAAAGAAUGAUGAUAUGGAGAAGUUCAACGAAUUCAAUAACAGGAAGUAA